GUUUUGCUUGAAUCGAUCGUAAUCAAACGUUCUGCACUCAGUUGCUUUUCCCUGAAUCAUGUGAGUCGAUCGCAGAGCUGACGCCACCGCUGAUGCAACACACUGACAGGUCCACCCAGCCGGCUUCUCUCUAACACGUCUCACUGUAACAAGACAGAGUGAGAUUUCCCUGCGCCAUGGCAGAACAGCUCAGUCCAGAUGAGAAGUUCCACCUCAUUACCAGGAACCUUCAGGAGGCCCUUGGAGAGGAGAAGGUGAAGCAGGUUCUGCAGGAGAGAGAGCUGAAGGUGUACUGGGGAACGGCAACAACUGGAAAACCCCACAUCGCCUACUUUGUCCCCAUGUCAAAGAUAGCAGAUUUCCUCAGGGCUGGAUGUGAGGUCACGAUUCUGUUUGCAGACUUACAUGCUUUCCUAGACAACAUGAAGGCCCCCUGGGAGCUGCUGGAGCUCAGAGUAAAAUAUUACGAACAGGUCAUUAAGGCCAUGUUGGAGAGCAUUGGUGUGCCUCUGGAUAAACUCAAGUUUGUCAAAGGAACUGACUACCAGCUCAGCAGAGAGUACACUCUGGAUGUGUACCGUCUGUCCUCCAUGGUCACUGAGCACGAUGCUAAGAAGGCUGGAGCUGAGGUCGUCAAACAGGUGGAGCAUCCCCUGCUGAGUGGGCUGCUCUACCCUGGACUGCAGGCUCUGGAUGAGGAGUACCUCAAGGUUGAUGCCCAGUUUGGAGGUGUUGAUCAGAGGAAGAUUUUCACUCUUGCAGAGAAGUACUUGCCGUCUCUUGGUUAUGCUAAGCGCGCCCAUCUGAUGAACCCGAUGGUACCCGGACUAACAGGGGCAAAGAUGAGCUCCUCAGAAGAAGAGUCUAAGAUUGAUCUGCUGGACUCCAAAGAAGAUGUGAAGAAGAAGCUAAAGAAGGCUUUCUGUGAGCCAGGCAACAUCCAGAACAACGGAGUCCUCUCCUUUGUCAGAUAUGUCCUCUUCCCUCUGCGUGGAGAUUUCUGCGUCAAAAGAGAUGCCAAGUGGGGUGGAGACAAAAUCUACACUGCGUUUGAAGAGGUGGAGAAGGACUUCGCUGAGGAGGUCGUCCACCCUGGAGACCUGAAGGCGUCAGUGGAACUAGCACUAAACCAACUUCUGGAGCCGAUAAGAAAGAAGUUUGAGUCACCUGAGCUCCGCAAACUCACCAACUCUGCCUAUCCCAGCGCCUCAAAGACGAAAGGAGCAGGAAAGGGUGCCAAGGCAGGAGGCGGAGGUGGAGGAGGAGAGGAUGAUGAGCUGGCCCCCUCCAGACUGGACAUCAGGGUGGGCAAGAUCAUCAGUGUAGGGAAGCACCCUGAUGCCGACUCACUGUACCUGGAGAAGAUUGACGUUGGCGAGCCUGAGCCGAGGACAGUAGUGAGCGGGCUGGUAGCCUAUAUAUCACAGGAGGACUUACAGGACAGGAUGGUGUUGGUUCUUUGCAAUCUGAAACCCCAGAAGAUGCGGGGGAUUGAGUCUCAGGCCAUGCUGCUGUGUUCCUCUAUUGAAGGGGAGCCAAGGAGGGUCGAACCACUGGACCCUCCAGAGGGCUCAUCGCCAGGAGAACAGGUCUUUGUGGAGGGAUAUGAGACGGGCAAACCAGACGACAGACUCAAUCCAAAGAAGAAAGUGUGGGAGAAACUACAGGUUGACCUGAACGUCUCAGGCGAGUGUGUUGCUCAGUGGAAAGACAGGCAGCUGAUGACCAAACUAGGACAGAUCACAUGUAAGACACUCAAAGGAGGCAACAUCAGUUAGAUAUCCAUCCAUUACAUUCACCACUGAGGCUGCCCCUGCUGGCCACAUUACAUGAAAAACCCUCUCAUCAACAAAUCGUCAUGGCAACUGGGGUCACACUUCACAUGGACGUCUUCUCGAAGAACGAUGGGACAACGAUGCCAAAACCCUCAGACACGUUCGGCGGCUUAAACCAUUUCUCAUACCUUGCUUCAAAUUUAUCAGAAAGAUAAGAGGGAUGUUUAACAAAAAUUCUGUAAAUAAUCAACCAACGAUUAAUUUCUUCCUCAUAACAGGAGUUGUAAGGUGUUGCUAAGUCACCCAACUGUAAAGAUACAAAAUGACAGCUUUUCUACAAUAGACACACAUUUGUACUCAGAGAAUGGAGGUUAACCAUCGUGAUGCUGCAGUACUCGUUUCCCAUUCCUGGAAGAUUCUCAGCUGAUAAAAGGGAUUGAUUAGUGUGUCAUUAAUCUUCCAGUUUAAAGUCACACUGUGUUGAUUGCCUUGAUAGCUCAUCGUGGGGAGUGGCCAAUCUGUUAUCCUAAUAAAUAAGACUGGUUUUAUGUUCAACAGGCAUCAGAUGUAAAUAAAUCAUUUUGUCAUGUACUGUAAGAGAACAAUAUCUUCAAAUAACUGUCAUACAAUCAAAUAAUGCAUCAUCACUCAAAUGAAAUAAAAACAACUGUCUGGAUUCUGUGGUCUGCAGAAAUUAA